GUAUACAAGUCUGUGGUCCCAUUCAUGCUGCAUGUCUAGCAGUCACCACCGACAGCCAAAGCCGUGUCACAUCCUCAUCAAAACAGAAAGCUCUUCUUUUUCGCACUCAAACGAAGGGUUGUGACCCUGUGCUGUAGUAGCCACCAUGGCAGAAGCUCACCAGGCGGUGGCCUUCCAGUUCACCGUCACUCCAGACGGUAUCGACCUACAGCUAUGUCAUGAGGCUCUACGCCAGAUCUACCUCUCUGGCCUCCACUCCUGGAAAAAAAGGUUCAUUCGCUUCAAGAAUGGGAUGUUGACUGGUGUAUACCCAGGAAGUCCUGGUGGAUUCAUGGUAGUGGUUGUGUCCUACAUGUCCUACAACAAGUAUAAUCAGCUGGACCCCUCUCUCGGUUUGAUUGCCAAACUUGGCCAACACUUGCCUAUUAGUCAAUAUAUGUCCACAGACAGCCAGAAAAUAGUUGGAGGUGUCCUGGUGGGCACAGGCCUGUGGGUCACCAUCAUCAUGAUAAUGAGGAAUGUCCUGAAGUGCCUGCUGUCAUGGCAUGGCUGGAUGCAUGCACGCCACGGCUCUGUGUCCUUGAGUACACGUUUGUGGAUGUUGUUCGUGAAGGUGUUCUCUGGCAGGAAGCCAAUGCUCUACAGUUUCCAGAACUCUCUGCCAAGACUGCCAGUUCCAUCUAUCAAGGACACCUGCAGCAGGUAUCUGGAGUCAGUCCGCCCACUCAUGGAUGAUGAGCAGUAUGAACGGAUGAAGGGAUUGACUAAAGACUUUGAGAAGAAUUUGGGACCCAGACUGCAGUGGUACCUCAAACUCAAGUCCUGGUGGGCCUCCAACUACGUCAGUGACUGGUGGGAAGAAUAUAUCUACCUUAGAGGCCGUGGCCCCAUCAUGGUCAACAGUAACUAUUAUGCUAUGGACUUCCUGUAUGUGUUCCCCACAUCCAUCCAGGCUGCCAGGGCUGGUAAUGCCAUUCACGCUAUCAUGCUUUAUAGGAGAAAGUUGGACAGAGCCCAGAUCAAACCAAUAUACUUGCUGGCGAACAAGGUUCCUCUGUGUUCGGCUCAAUGGGAGCGGAUGUUUAACACCACCCGCAUCCCUGGUUUGGAGACAGACACACUGCAGCACAUGAACGAGAGCAAACACAUAGCUGUGUACCAUAAGGGCCGCUUCUACAAGGUGUGGAUGUUUUAUGACGGGCGGCUGCUGUUGCCACGGGAGAUCGAGCAGCAGAUGGAAAGGAUCUUGGCAGAUCCAUCUGAACCCAUGCCAGGAGAGGAGAUGCUAGCAGCGCUUACUGCAGGGGACAGGACUCCAUGGGCCAAGGCUCGUGAAACCUACUUCAGCCGUGGCAAGAACAAGCAAUCUCUGGAUGCCAUAGAGAAGGCAGCCUUCUUUGUGACACUUGAUGACACUGAGCAGCGUUACGAUACAAACAACCCGGUGAAGUCUCUGGACAGCUAUGCCAAAUCCCUGCUCCAUGGAAAGUGCUAUGACAGGUGGUUUGACAAAACUUUUAACUUAAUCGUUUUCAAAAAUGGGACCAUGGGGCUGAAUGCAGAGCAUUCCUGGGCUGAUGCUCCGAUUAUUGGCCAUCUGUGGGAGCAUGUACUUUCCAUGGAUCCCGUUAAGCUGGGAUAUAAUGAAGACGGUCACUGCCGUGGGCAGACCCACCCCAACCUGCCUGGUCCACAAAGGCUGCAGUGGGACAUUCCUUCUGAGUGCACGGAGGUCAUCCAGAGCUCACUGACAGUAGCCAGGACUCUGGCUGAUGAUGUGGACUGUCACAUUAUCCCCUUCAGUGACUUCGGUAAGGGUCUGAUUAAGAGGUGCCGCACCAGUCCUGAUGCCUUCAUCCAGAUCGCCCUACAACUCGCUCAUUACAGGGACAAGGGGAAGUUCUGCCUGACAUAUGAAGCCUCAAUGACUCGUUUGUUCCGUGAGGGCCGAACAGAAACCGUGCGCUCCUGCACCAUUGAGACAUGUGCCUUUGUGCGUUCCAUGAUUAGAGAUGAGACGAGAGAGGAGCGUCUAAAGUUGCUCAAAGUGGCAGCAGAGAAGCACCAAAACAUGUACCGCCUGGCAAUGACUGGAGAGGGCAUUGAUCGACACCUUUUCUGUCUGUACGUGGUUUCCAAAUACCUGGGAGAGGACUCCCCUUUCCUAAAGGAGGUCCUGUCUGAGCCGUGGAGGCUGUCCACCAGUCAGACGCCACUGCAGCAGGUGGAGCUGUUCGAUUUGGUCAAACACCCUGAAUAUGUGUCGUCUGGAGGUGGAUUUGGUCCGGUCGCUGAUGAUGGUUAUGGUGUUUCCUACAUCAUUGUUGGUGAGAAUCUCAUCAACUUCCACAUCUCCAGCAAACACUCAAGUCCAGAAACUGACUCACAUCGUUUUGGUGCCAACAUCAGACAGGCCAUGCUGGACUUACUGGAUCUCUUCCAGAUUGAUAAAAAAGACAUGAAGUGAAUGCGCUCUCCACUGGUGGAAAGAACCUAGGAUUGUUUAAAGAAAAUAGCUAUAUUCUUCCUGAAGCUUGUACAGAAUCAAAUGUUGGGUGUGGGGUUAUUUUUAAGUUAAUUAAUGUUACAGCUAUGAGGAUAUUGAGAGAUUAUUUGUAAACAUCAAUGUCAUGUGUGUAUUUCAUGUAUAGGCAGGAUGAGAUUGGAGUGGAUUUGGGUACAGGUAGUGGACAGAUCAAAACUUUUAUUUACAAGACUGUACGCACCGGUGCCUUAGUGACCCACUAAUGUAUAAAGGGCAGAAAGGGAGGAUGAAAAGUUCACUGCUCUGAAACAGUAGAGAUCACAUCUGUAUUAACACACUGAGACAUUUCAGCUGAAGGACUGUUUAGUAGCACCAUUUAACGUUUGUACUUUAAGUUGAAGGAUUGCUAUUACUUUUCGUAGUUUAUGUUCAACUUUUAAUCUCUAGGCUCUGUCUAGUUCAUCAUCAGCCCCUACAUCAUGUUUCACAGCAGAGAAUCAAACUGAAAUGACAUUAAAUUCACAGAGCUGAUUGUCUUGGCUGACCAAUUUUAUCACAACUAGUAACCCCUACAGGAAAGUAGAAACGUUGACAUGUGAUUAUAAGAUAUUAGAUUCGAUUUUUAGAAGUGAAAGUGUAUCGGGUUGAUUCUGGGUAUUAAUAGAAAAGUCGGAGGGCUGUACUUUGGUCUCAUUCGCGGUUCUACUAUGCCUUUCGGACUCAAGUGCACAGCCAGUGCGUUUGUUCUUUUUAGCUGCUAUGAUUUUACGAUGUAGCGACAAAGGGAGAUAACAUUUUGUGUGUUUGUCAUUGUCCUUCUCAGGUUUCACUAACUUGGCCCAGCAUUGUACAGUGGCUGAAUACAGCAGAGGAAAUUGAGAUGCGGUGCAAUACCAUGUGACCCCAAGUGAUAGUGGAUAGAGUAAUAGAACACUUUGAUGUUGAAGUGAGGAAUUGGCAGAACAUGUCUGGGGUGAAUCUGCAUAUACAAUGUAUGGCCAGCUGUGACUGUUUUUCAUUUUGUGUUUUUAAAAAAGAUUGUGGUGAACUGUACAUUAACUCUGCUGUGCACUCCAUGACUGACUGGCCCUUAAGUCCAAACUAACAAAUUCCUACGUACCUUGAUAGCCUUUGUCGAAACACAACGAAUCGUACAUUUUUAUCAGCAAACUGUCAAGUUGUCAGUUGUCAUAGUGGUGUUGCAGCUGUUGUCGCCUAGUCAAGAUGAAAUGCAGAAUAACUAACUGGGUUUUUAUAUCCUUUCAAUACAAUAGGUAGUCAUUGUUCGCGGUUAUUGCAGUUAUGCUUAGGAUGUGCACAUAUAGACAGGCUGUCAUGUAUAGGAAUGCAUUUAUAUUAUUAUUAUUAUUAUUAUUAUUAUUAUUAUUAUUAUUAUUAUGUAUAUGUUGUCAGUCAAAUUAUUUAUUUUUUUUUUCCCAUGUUUUAACACAACAGUUUGGGACGUGCGUAUUUACCAGCCGAAUGCGACAAAUGAUAGCACUAAGUUAAAGCUUCGCUGAAUUCAGAAGUAAUAUGCGCAGAAUGCUUCCUUUUUUUUUUUUUGACAUGACAGUUUUGUUAUCACAGACAUUGCCAGUAAAUUGUAGUUGUAUGAGUUGUUGUUUUUUGUUUUUUUUUUUUUUCUAUCUUGAUAGACCUCAUGUUUACACUGCUGCAUGGUUUUGUGGAUGAGGCUGUAUAUGUUUGCCUUUAAGUUAAAGAUGUGUUUAAAAAAAAAAAGAACAAGACAAGCAGCUGAUAAACCAAAACAAGUUUUAACAAUAAAGCGAAUGUCAGACAGCUGUA